GACCCCAAGCGCAAGAGUCUAAGGCACUCUUCCAUGCCUAUGUCUCUCCAUGUUGAGUAUCGGCAUGGCACUCCUACGGGGAUGGGGAUGAAUGAUGGUAGCAGAAGGGUGAUAAGCGCAGGGCAUGCGCCUUGUGUCAACAAUGCCGAGACUACCUUCUAUGGCAGACCGCCGACACCUCCCCUGAGUGCUAUUCCCGAAUUCAGCAAAGCAUCGGGAGUGAAAACCACCCCGAGACUUAGGCCGCCUACACCUUCACGAUCUUCCCUCGGUACUUCCUGCGCUAUUGAAAUCAAGGCUCCUCAAUUAGAUCGGCAAGAGAUACCGAGCUUGAUCAUUACGCCUCCUGAUGAGGAUGGUUUUAGUGGAAAAAUUCUGGGGGAAGACUCAUCUUGCGUUCGUACCAAGACGUGUGGGUUCCUAAGAGUAGGUGCAACCUUGGAUGUUGAUAUGACCAAGUCAGAGGAUGAGCCUCCGAGGGGACGGUCAAGGCUGAAGAAGGUUCUCCACAAACCGGCUCCCUCCGUUACGCAGCCCCUUCGGAGCAUCCAUGAUACCAGCCCCAACGACUUCACAGGGUUAUCUAACCUCAAAACUCCCCCAGCCGAGGAGAUAAACGGUCCCUUCGGAGACAUUUUGGCCGCUAUCAAAGACUCCAUCGAGGAGUCCGAGAAAAGGCAUGAUCAGGAUGAAAGGAUCGAGUUCAGAGGCGUCAUUGGGGAGCCAGACGUCUCAGGUAUGUUCUUGUCUCUCUUUCAGACCACGAACGAGAGUGAGAAUCGUACUGCGUGUGAGACAUCUUUAGCCCCCGCGGAAGCUGAUCAUGGCCCACUGGCACUGGGUUCCAAGACUGGGGAGGUAGCUCCACAGAAUGGCGACGUUGAAGUCACCGUCGGGUCUCGUCCCCGCUCAACUUUGCUCGGCCAUGCACCGGGGAAGAAGUCGCUUAGUCGUAAACUCUCUCGCAUCGUCACGAAAACACCUUCGAUCGUGAACUUCUGGGGUCACCGGCAUGCUGGACGUUCUUCAUCAUCACCAUUCUUGUCUAGAAAGGGUCCCAGUGAUCAAGCUCAACCACGUUCAAUGUCUUCCUCGUUUAACCUGUCUCGAAGUCCGAGGAUAGCGUUUAAAUCCGAUCAGAUCGAGGUGCGGGUUCUAUCAGCUGGACCACAGAACUGUUCUCCGAUGUUCAACUCUCCCGAGGUCGUUUCGUGCAGCACUACCGCGGAGGGAUCCCCUUCGCUGUUCGCUCAGUGUUCAGCAGAGACUGUGGACGAGUCUUCUUCUAAUGGUGCUCCGCAGAUCUCUCUACUCUCCCCGCAGAGGUUUAAACCGAAGUACGAGGCACGAUAUCCUGGUACUCGGGAGGAGCUUCUUGCUCCUCUGACCUCAAGGGCUGCUACUGCACUAUCUCGACGCACGACCUGUCCCAACCAGAACCACAUCCUUCCGCCACUCUCAUUUGACUCAUUCGUUGCCCAUGAUGUUCUGCACUACGUGCUUGCCUCCGUUUUUAUCCGCCACUACAGUAUGUCCAAAUGGAGGCGCAUGGGUGGCCCCAACAAGUUCUCCGUGCGUUCAUUGCGGAGGCGGUCGAACCGGACCGCAAGGUCCUCUAAUGCUCGUCGUAUGUCGAGUAGGAAGGCUUCUCCUGGGGAUACGGACAAGCCACUGCCUCCUGUACCAUCUCUGAAGGUUUCUACGACUUCUUCGGACGAACUUGAUGGGGUCCCGCCUUCGCCUCUCUACAUUUCAUCCAAUAUAGACGUGUCAACAUCAGGCGGUACCAACACCAAAGGCGCGAACGGGAAUGAAGCUUUGAAGGAACCCUUCGUCGUAAAUUUUGGUCCUAACCCGGUACUUGAUUUGGAGAUUCGAGAAGCUCACGAUGAAGCCGGAACCACUGUGGCGGAUUGGCUGCUUUAAUGGACCAACUGUAUGUGAUCCCGUCCAUAUGCUGGGUUUUCGUAUGUACAGCGAGCAAUAGUGAACCCACAUAGUGGGAUUCGCCUGUAGAAAUAGAUUUUCUAAGGACAAGGUCGCUCCACCUAGCCGAAAAGUUCAUAUCCCCACGCGCUCGUAUGUACAGAGAGUAAUAGCAGACCUAUACGAGGUUAGCUCGCAGC